AUGGUUCGGGACAUCGCGGACGUUGUUGUCGCUGCAUUCGUCGACGGAUGGACGGGCUCUGUGGUUGCUGAGGGCAGCGUCCUCGAGGUCGAGGUCGAGGUGGACAAGAAAGAUGAAGAAUGCCACGCUACAUACCUCCCUCCACUGCUUCGCAAUCGCCACAUCCUCCAUCUCGAGACCCACAUCCUCACACUUCAAUUCCCCCUUCUCGAUCCUCUCGCAUACGUCCAUCCUGAGAUGUUUAUCGACCCUCAGGAUAGCGUCCCUCAUCUCAUCUCAUCGCAUAAAAGGCCGAACAACGACAGUAUGUCAUUGACGACCUCCUAUGCAACAUAUGUCAUGUCCGGGAUGGUCUUGACGAACCUCGUCAAAGGCAAUCUCUGGCUCCUAGUCGCCUUGAAGACCGCGGCGGAAUAA